UUUUGACAGGCAGUCGAGGUUGCAGCAGGCAGAGGGAGACGGUAGAAGGAAGGUAAAGCAGGGAAGGCAGCAUCAUGGCGGACAGAGACAGCGGCAGUGACCACGGAGGGCCUACCGCAGGCCCUGGCUCGCUGCCGCCGGGUGCGAUGGGAGCCAUGUCCCGACUACAGCACGACACCGAGGAGCUCGCCUCCAAGCGGGUCGACAUCCAGAACAAGCGAUUCUACCUUGACGUCAAGCAGAAUGUUAAAGGACGCUUCCUCAAGAUAGCCGAGGUCGGCGCUGGAGGAAACAAGAGCCGCCUCACGCUCUCCAUGUCGGUGGCCGUGGAGUUCCGUGAUUAUCUCGGUGACUUUAUCGAACAUUACGCCCAGCUGGGCCCGAGCAACCCCGACUUGGUGCAGGAUGAGCCCCGGCGGGCGCUCAAGAGCGAAUUCUUGGUGCGGGAGAAUCGGAAAUAUUACAUGGAUCUGAAGGAGAACCAGAGGGGGCGGUUCCUGAGGAUCCGGCAGACCGUUAAUCGGGGGCCCGGACUGGGAAGCUCGCAAGGCCAGACCAUCGCCCUGCCGGCACAGGGGCUCAUCGAGUUCCGCGACGCUUUGGCCAAACUCAUCGACGACUACGGCGUAGACGAGGAGCCGGCCGAGCUCCCGGAGGGCACCUCGCUCACGGUGGACAACAAGCGCUUCUUCUUCGACGUGGGCUCCAACAAGUACGGCGUGUUUAUGCGGGUCAGCGAGGUGAAGCCCACCUACCGAAACUCCAUCACGGUUCCGUGCAAAGUGUGGUCUAAAUUUGGCAACACCUUCUGCAAAUACGCGGAGGAGAUGCGGAAGAUCCAGGAGAGGAGUCGAGAGAAACGGGCCUCGGAACUGCUACCUGAGGGCCCGCACGGUGCAGAUGACGGCGACGACGACUGACUGACUGACUGACGUACUGACUGACUGACUGACUGACGUACUGACUGACUGACUGACUUACGACGCGAAACAAAAACUGAGAACUCAUCGAGGGAAUGAGACUUAACAGUGUCAAGUGACUGGAAAGAGAGAUCUCCAAGGGAAUCACCCCCCUCCCCCUCCACGCACACACACGAGCUCCAGAGACAAGGCAGCACCUCGGCUGUCUCCUCGCUCAUUUGACUGGAUGUCACCCACUUUAUCACCAUGUCACAGUAAGCGCUGCUAUCAAGGACUUUUAACUGUAACAUUUCAACUGUUUCUUACUUGAUUUCAGUGACGAUGAACAGUGUUUAUAUAUCUCUGUCGAAAGAUUUUGCACACAUCAAAAGCUAUUUAAAAAAAAAUAAAAAUACUAAAGAUUUCACCAGAAACGACAACACAGCUCUAUUACGUAAAAAUAACAGUCCUGUCACAAAUGCGUAUUUGACAUCAGCACAAAAAGAGUAUUUAUCGACUAUAUCCCUAAUGUAUAGUUUAAUAUAAAGGUACGCAGACUGAAUAUGGAAGCGCUCUACAGGUGUGAGACCUGCAGAAUAGCAAAAACCUGUCUGCAUGCUUCUAGGCUCAUGGUAAGAGCAGAGGUUUGGUGAACUAAGCUCCUCUUUAAUUUGACCUACAAAUGCACAACUAAAGCAUUACUAUUAUGCUGAGAAAAUAAAAAAUUGCAGCCCUUAUGCACUUCAAGGAAUGACAUAAGUCUAUCUCCGUGCUGUCAUAAGGAUCCCACAGACCUUCCUGCACCAUGUCCAUCGAAACUUCAGUGACAAAAGUGCUAACUUAGAUGUAAUAAUUAUGAUUUUGUGAAUCAGCUGUAAAAAGAAAAGUCCUUAUUGAGAUACCCACGUUUUCUGUGGGAUUUGGUUGUUGUUGCUUUUAUCCUCCCGAGGGGUGGGGUGGUGGUGGUGGGGGGGGGGGCGGCUAAAUUUGGGUGUGUGCAAAAGGUUAAUAUUAAGGGAGGGGAAAAGACACGCCUGCGCAGUGCAGGCAUCCUCUCUGACAUCAUUACAACCCGUGCCUUAUACACUCCACUCGUUUACUUGUCCUCGCGUGGAUGGUCCGUGAAUUCUAUCAACUUUCAUUUAGGAGCGUUGUUACGUAGGCAGAUAUAUUCUCCAUACUGACCAGGGCUACCGGAUCCACGGGUGCAUGGAUCAGGGGCUCUGACACCGACGGGAAGGUGUUCUGCUGCAGAGAGUCUGGGGAGGCCUUGCGGGGUGAUGAGCGCCCUGGUUGCCAACUGGCCGUGCGGCUUCUCACUCCUCGGAAUGCUUCAGUGUUCUUGAGAUGUUGUCGGCAGCCUUGCGCAAAGCAGGAUGGCAGUGAAGGAAACAGAAAUCUACAAAGGCUCGACGAGAUGAUUUGUCAGAGUGGAGUGGUGACAAAAGCUGUUAAAGAACCAGGCGAGGCGUCCUUGCACCUUUUAUCAGUGCAGGGCCGAGGCAGUAUAUCUCACUAUGGUGCUAUAGCCCCUCCAUUGCUCCUUAGCUCACUUUAUGUAUAUGUCAUUGUUCCUUUGAUUGCUCUUCAUUUCAUUCUUCCUAUCGCUUUGUCUUGUCCAAAAUCGUCUCAUGUUUCUCCCUCCCUGACGGAGGCAGAGCAAUUUACGAGAGAGGGACAUUUCUUGUUAGUGUGCAAUAUUACAUGCAUGCCGAUCAUGGCGUAGUGUCACGUGUAUGGACUUUUACAAGAUGACAAUAAUAAAUAGGUAUAUGAUCAUUUGAAAGCAUGGCAAUGUGCUGACUUAACAACGUGAUGUUUUUUUUCCCCUCCUCAGCUACGUAGUUCUUUAAAACUGGGAUCAGUGUGUUGGGUUUGCUAGCCCACUACAAACAACUCUCCUUUCCUUUAUUCUGCCGCAUACACACACAACGUGGACAGCCCCUCUGCCAUGGCUUGCACUCACUUUGGGGUCCCCCCCCCCCAAACACCCCCUCCACACACACAUACCCCACCCCACCCACCCCCGGCUGAGGCCUCAUAUUGCUUUUGGAGUGUUUUGGAGGCCUCUACUGUAUUUCCAACAAGGCCUCCUCACAUUAGAAUCCAGGAGUGUGCUUGGAGGCUGAGCAUGACCUCUUUCUCACCUGAGACCACGGAAGACAUACAAAUUCAGAUUUGUCCCACGGUUUCACUUGAGUUGGGCUUUUAGGUCACUAACAAGCUAAACGUCGAGUGCUUGAAAAGUACUUUAAUCAUUCUGUAGGAAAAGUAGAGAUAUUGUCUCUUGGACACUUGGUGAAAAGCCUAAAAUCGGGCACUGCACUUUAAAGGCUUAGCAACACCAACGGAAUGACAGAAUUGUGUCUUGAACAGAAAUGUAUUCCUCACAUUUGCCCAUGAUGUGGAUGAACUAAUAUUCACCAAACAAACAUUUAUGGUGUCUAGUCAAGUUGUGUUCCAAAACAAUUUCUGUGAAUGUUUGUAUGGCCAAAUAUGAGGAGUCCAAGGCCACUUGUCAAUGAAACUCACACGUUCCGUGUUUUUACCAAGGACGAACGUCGGCUUACAGCAUCCAAGCGACUUUGGAUUGACAGUAUGGUCUUGGUUGUUAGCUGAUUUGUUAGCAUUAUGUUUUGUUUUUUUCAUGCAGCAGUAGUCAUCAUAGACGCCCCAUUAAUUGUGUCCAAUGACAAAAAUGUUUCCGAAUGUCAUGUACACGGUUUGCCAAUUAAAAACACAAUGAAUGCUCAUAGGAAUUUUACAUGAUCAUGCAUCAAAGCCAGUCUUUUAAGAAACCCUUAAAGCAGGGAUUGUCAAUCGGUGGUCCGCGGCCCUCUAGCGGUCCGUGACGGUAUUGCAGGUGGUCCGCAAAAUUAGAAAUGGAAAAUAAU